AAAGUAUAACUGGUAAAUAUUGCUGGCAAGAUUCACAACAGAGCCGAAAGACGUGGCGCUAAUCUGCAUAUUUAUAUAAUAAAACCGGUCAUGUUAGCAUGAUUAAGAUUUUUGUUUCCACAAUACGGGUUUUAGUUUGCAUUCAAACUUUAUUUUGAGAGGUCAGCGUUUGUGCAUCCGGCAAAUAUGGCUAGCUUGUUAAGUGGGGGUUGCUGUUUUCUGUUGAACGUGACGAGAUUCCAGCACAAACCCGAGAUUACCGCCGCUGGUGGGAUGUCUGGCUGAAACACCGGAAAACCGACUCUAGGGAAAGACCACUGACACUUGUAAUUGUUUUUAUUAUAAAUACCGGGUCUUGAGUAGCUAAGGUUUGAGCUAACGUUAGCUUCACGGUAACGGUUUAACGGUCCGUCAAACAUGUCGGAGGAGGUGAGUCUGUACGACCUGCUGAACCUAUCCAUCGGGACCCCCCAGAAGUCCUCCGUGAACUUCGGCGCCCUCCACUCGCUGCUCCUCGCCAUGCUGAAACAGCUGAAUCUCCGGGAGGUGAAGACCCGGUGGAGGGACUCCUCUCCGGGUUAUUGGAGCCCUGAUCUCACGGCGGCAGAGAAGGAGGUUCAGGUGGAGGUUCAGCCGGACACAGACUUCCAGAAUCGGGCAGCGACUCCCUCAUGCCCGGGCCCGGUCCCCGACCAGCUGAACCUCCUUUCCCGCAUCCAGACAUGUGAGGACGGCCUCUCUAAGUCGACGAGGCUGAUCCUGGACCUGAACGAGCAGAACGAGCGUCUGAAGGAGCAGAUGGAGGAGCUCUGGCAGCAACACGAGAUGGUCGGUGACGCUUUGGGGACGGCCGCUCGGGUGGAGAGCUGCUGCCACCGUGUGGACGCUCUGGAGGAAACUGUGAAAUCUCUGAGGGACGCAGUUCUACCCGGCAACAGAGAGGGCGAGACAGAAAAAUUCCAGAAGGAGCCUGGAGAUUCAGGGGUCGAUAAUCAGCUCGUGGCAGCCAAACAAACCUCCUCGCCUUCCGGCAGUGACCUCACCGAACCUCCUCAAAGCAGCACACCUCCCUCCUCCCACCCCAACAAGGUCACCGUUGGACCAGCAGCUCCAAGUUCUCCAAAUAAAUCCGAGUGCUCUUCGGUCCAGUCAGGGCCGCCUCCACAGGCUGGUGUUAAAGCAGACUCUGCUGGUAAACCUCCAGCUUCAGAUUCCAACUGCUCCACACCAUCCACAGAGGCAGUGGAGGCCCUGAGGAGUGUGAGCCAGCUGCAGGAGAGGCUCGUCCAGGUGGAAGCUCACGUAGCGGUGUUAGAGAAAGGAAAGGCAGACCAGAGUCAGCUGGCUCAGCUCAGAGAGCUCAUCGCCACCAAAGGUUCCCAUGGAGACGCGUUCAGUAACCUGAUGGAUCAGCUAAAUGAGCAGAGAGGUUUGAUAGACCGCCUGAUGAGCGACCGAGGAAAGCUGGACGCCUUGGAGGACAUGCUCAUGAGCCUGAUGAGCCCACACAAAGAAAGCGCCUCCGAGGUAACUAUCGAGAGGGCGGAGUUACAAGUGUCAGAGAGGGCGGAGUCAGAAGCUUCAGAGAGGGCGGAGUCAGAAGCUUCAGAGAGGGCGGAGUCAGAAGCUUCGGAGAGGGCGGAGCCAGAAGUGUCAGAGAGGGUGAAGUCAAAGGCAGAUUCAGAGAGGCUGGAGCAAAAGGAAGCUUCGGAGAGGGCGGAGUUACAAGUGUCAGAGAGGGCGGAGUCAGAAGCUUCAGAGAGGGCGGAGUCAGAAGCUUCGGAGAAGGCGGAGCCAGAAGUGUCAGAGAGGGUGAAGUCAAAGGCAGAUUCAGAGAGGCUGGAGCAAAAGGAAGCUUCGGAGAGGGCGGAGUCAGAGGUUUGCAGAAGAGUGGGUUCAGACAGCGAAGGUUACCGAGAGCUCAGAGAGCAAAUAUCCCACCUCAGGACGCGUGUGCAGUGGCUGGAGGAGGACGUGAAGCAGACUCAGUGUGAGGAGAAAGCGGCAGACCAACAGCUACAACGUCAGCUGGACGACCUGCGGGGAACACUGGAGGACACAAUCUUGUCCUUCACAUCUCAGCUGUCCACGAGUCUAUGCGAUGAGGCCGUGCAGGCGGAGAGUGGUGGUCCGAGCGUCCGUCAGAGCGAAGAGUGGUCAGCUCUGAAUGCCAGAACAACAAACAUUGGAGAGAAGCUCAGCUUUCUGUUCGAGCACUACCAGCAGCUGCAGGACGCGGUGAACAGACUGAUCCAGCAGCAGGGCGGAGCCAGAGAAGGGCCGCCGCAGGACCGAGAGGCAAGCCAGAGCAGGAACGUGGAGCUGGUGAACGGCGUGCAGCAGGCGAUGCUGCAGCUUCAGGCCGACUGUAAGAAGCUAAACGAGACGAUGAGAUCGCUGCACGAAGACAGCAAACGCAAGCAGAGACACAUCGAGGAGCUCUACAAGACGACGGAGGAGCUGGAGGUGAACAAGGCCGACAAGCAGAUGGUCGAGAGUGAAAUCAGAGCAGACAAAUCGGCCCUGGAGGGGAAAGUGAGCCGGCUGCAGCUCGACUCGGUGACGGAGCAGCUGAGCGGGAUGUUCCACGAGCUGCUGAACAAGGUGACGAGUCAGGAGCAGGACUGGCACAAACUCAUGGGCAAGCUCUCCACCGAGAUGGAGUGUAAGCUGAACCGGAUCGAGCUGGACUCUGUGAAGAAGCAGCUGGAGGAUCGCUGGAGGAGCAUCCACGAGAAGCUGCAGGCUCAGGCGGCGCCGGAGUACGAGGACGCCGCCGGGAUCAGGAAACAGCUCGUGGAGAGAUUCCACUGCCUCUCCUGCGACCGGCCCAUCGUGAAGCACACGCCCGGACCGCAUCUGGUGACGCUGCCCUCGUUUCCUGCAUUCCCCUCGCACAAGUCCAUCCGGCCGUUCACCGUUUACACCAUGGAGCAGUUACGCCAGCACUACCGGAGCCAGCAGCCAGGCACCAACCGCUGCAGGUACGAGGCAGCUAAGGCGUGCAGGAGCAGGGAGCGGCUUCAGAGGAGCCGCGUCACCGCGUGCAGGCAGAUAGAGAGCGUAGAGAUGCAGGGACGGCCGCAGCACGGCGAUGGCACGAACACAGCGCAAGGCCAGCACGAGCGCAUAUCUGAGCUGACGGAUUACGGUCACCUGGCUGCGGCGCGGAGCUGCGGCGGGAGUCACCACACCAACGCUGCAGGCAGCCAGCGCCGUGGCGGCCCGCAGUACACAAAACUCCACGGUGAGGUGGACGGUGCGAUGCAGUCGGAGGAGGUGGAUAUCGUUGGACUGGAUGGGCGCAUUUACAAAGGGCGCCUGAACGUCCCGGCCUGCAGGAACUCAGAAACUAAACUGCCAACGAUCCCCACCAGAGACGGCGUGUAUAAGAGUAAGGACAAAGCCAAGCCUGCUGCCUCUCCGGAGGUGGGACCCAGCACUCCUCUUCAUCCGCCCUGCAGUCCCAGGAGCGCAGCGUGCAGCCGCUCGGCAUCCAGCUGCUCCGGUCGUGAUUGGCCCGUCUCGGCUCUGGGCUGUGCGUCUCAGAGCUCCAUCGCUCAGGGUUCAGCUGCGGCUGACAGCACCGCAGAGCCUCCAAGCAACGAGCCCCUCAACCUGUAGGGGGCAGCGUCUGCCUCCAGGUUGUGUUUAGUUUGUGAGUGCAGACAGAGGUUCGGGUAACCUCCUCCUGCUUAUCGUCCAGACUACACAUCCCAGAACCCCCCGUGAUGUGGCUCUGUACUUAUUUUUUCACUUUGAAUAUUGUUGUUAACAGAUAAUAAACUUUAGUGUGAAUUUAAUCACUUUUUAGAACAUCAGAUAUUAAACAUCAAACAGAUGUUAUUUAUCAUAAGUGAGCCACGUUUAACGUUUUAUCUUAAAGGAUCCUUUUGAUGUAAUUCACAGUAAAACGUCACCGAGUCUG